CCACUGGCUAUUACUUGGAUACUAAUGCUACCACAGACUACCAUGUUACCUAUGCGAACAAGUCUAGGCUUUCUAUGAUCGAUGCUGGACUGUAUAAGAAUGCCCGUGUUACUCCUAUUUCUCUGACUUAUUAUGGCUUUUGCCUGGAAAAUGGAAAAUACAGAGGGAACCUUCAUUUUGCAGAGAUAAUGUUCACUGAUGAUCAAAUAUAUAGCCGCCUUGGAAGGCGUUUAUUUGACGUCUACAUUCAGGGAAAGAGGGUGCUAGAGAACUUCAACAUUGUUGAAAGAGCAGGAGGAGUAGGGAAGGCGGUGAUAGAACCAUUCACUACUGAUGUCACUAAUAAUACCCUGGAGAUUAGAUUCUAUUGGGCCGGAAAAGGGACAACGGCUAUCCCAUACAAAUCAGUAUACGGUCCUCUUAUAUCUGCUAUAUCCGCGGAAUAUGACCCAAAAAAUGGAAUAUCUACUGGGGCCGUGGUAGGAAUCGUGCUUGGAGGAGCUGUUAUUGUGAUCGUGGUAUUUGGUAUACUUUGGUGGAGAGGCUGUAUAGGACGCAGAAGUUCAUUGGCGAAAGAUCUUGAGGGUUUGCAUCUUAGAACUGGUAUAUUCACCUUCAAGGAAAUCAAAGCAGCAACCAACAACUUUAAUACAGCUAAUAAGAUCGGAGAAGGAGGGUUUGGUCCUGUUUAUAAGGGUAUACUCCCAAAUGGCACAAUUAUUGCAGUUAAGCAGCUGUCCACCAAAUCAAAGCAAGGAAAUCGUGAAUUUAUAAAUGAAAUAGGCAUGAUUUCUGCUUUGCAGCACCCCUAUCUGGUUAAGCUUUAUGGCUGUUGUGUUGAAGGAGAUCAACUGCUGUUAAUAUAUGAGUUCAUGGAUAAUAAUAGUCUUGCCCGUGCUUUAUUUGGUUUGAAGGAAUUUCAAUUAAAGUUAGAUUGGCCAACAAGACACAAGAUUUGCAUUGGGAUUGCUAGAGGUUUAGCAUUCCUCCAUGAGGAAUCAAGAUUGAAGAUUGUUCAUAGAGACAUUAAGGCCACUAAUGUGCUACUUGAUAAAGAUCUCAAUCCCAAGAUAUCUGAUUUUGGUUUGGCCAAACUUGUUGAAGAGGACAAUACUCACAUAAGCACUCGAAUUGCUGGCACUUAUGGAUACAUGGCACCUGAAUAUGCGAUGCAUGGUUACUUAACUGACAAAGCAGAUGUCUAUAGUUUUGGAAUUGUUGCCUUGGAAAUUGUCAGUGGGAGGGUCAACACUAUUCACCGAGCAAAGGAGGAAGCAAUCUAUCUUCUUGACGGGAACUUAGCUUCCAGUCUCUCAUCAUCAGGAACAAAUGCAACCUGCUGUUUCAAGAAGGGCCUACUUUGUCCAAGAACACCUCAAUAUAACUCGUUGUUCAUUAACUGUGGAGGACCAAAGAUGAAGUUUGAGGGGAACGAAUGUGAAGAAGAUCCCAAUCCAAAUGGCAUUUCGUACUUCAAUAUCAAAGAUGACAAAUGGGCUUAUAGCAGCACAGGAACAUAUAUAUUUAACGAUAAAGCUGAUUAUGUAACAAGUGUGACAAAAAAUAAGUUUUCUUUGAUUGUUAAUGGCUCAGAAUACUAUCAAACAGCCCGUCUUAGCCCCUCGUCACUCAAGUACUAUGGCCUAUGCAUGCUAAAGGGUAAUUAUAAAGUAAAGCUCCACUUUGUAGAGAUAAUGUUUUCUAGUGACCAAAAAUUUAGCAGCCUUGGUACACGCAUAUUCGAUGUUUCAAUUCAAGGUUUGAAAUGCUUGAAAGAUUUUAAUAUUACGAAGGAAGCUGGUGGAGUUGGUAAGGGCAUCACUAAGGAAUUUGAUGUUGAUGUGAACGAUACCACUUUGGAGAUUCAUUUAUAUUGGACAGGGAAAGGAACUACUUCGAUUCCCACUAGAGGUGUAUACGGACCUCUAAUAUCUACUAUCACAAUGAUGCCAAAUUUCAAAGUUCCUUCACAAGGGCUCUGUGUUGAUAACCAAAGGAAUGAUAAAGGGUUUUCAGCCAGAGCUAUUGUUGGAAUUAUGGUUGGAUUAUGUCUAUUCCUCAUAGUGGUAUUACUCAUUAUCCUUCGAAAGAAUAGUUUCCUUGAUGGGAAAAAUUCACAAGACAUAGAUCUUAAAGGCUUGGAUCUUAAAACUGGUAUAUUUACCUUGAAGGAAAUCAAAGCAGCAACGAACAACUUCAAUGCUGAUAAUAAGAUUGGAGAAGGAGGGUUUGGUCCUGUUUAUAAGGGCAUUCUCAAAGACGGCAGAAUAAUUGUAGUUAAGCAGCUAUCUACUAAAUCAAGGCAAGGAAAUCGUGAAUUUCUAAAUGAAAUAGGCAUGAUUUUUGCUUUGCAACACCCUUGUCUUGUUAAGCUUCAUGGCUGUUGCGUUGAAGGAGAUCAGUUGUUGCUCAUAUAUGAGUUUAUGGAUAACAAUAGUCUUGCUCGUGCUUUAUUGGGCCCAAAAGAACUCCAGAUAAAAUUGGAGUGGCCAACAAGACACAAGAUUUGUGUUGGAAUCGCUAGAGGUUUGGCUUACCUUUAUGAAGAAUCAAGAUUUAAAAUUGUUCAUAGAGACAUCAAGGCCACGAAUGUGUUGCUUGAUAAAGAUCUCAACCCCAAGAUAUCUAAUUUUGGUUUGGCCAAGUUUUACGAGGAGGAAAAUACACACAUUAGCACCAGAAUUGCUGGAACUCGCUUAGUUAAUUAUGGUUAUAUAGCUCUUGAAUAUGCAAUGCAUAGAUAUUCGACUAAGAAAGCAUAUGUUUAUAAUUUUGGAAUCGUUGCUUUGGAAAUUAUCAGUGGCAAGAUCAACACCACUCAAAAGUUAGAGGACGAAUGCUUUUAUUUACGUGAUUGGGCACAUCAGUUGAAAGACGGAGGUAAUCUGAUGGAUCUGGUGGAUCCAAAGUUGGGUGAGGACUUUAAUAGAGAGGAAAUAAUGACUGUGAUUGAUGUGGCUCUCCAGUGCACUGAAAACUCUCCAAAACUCAGGCCUACCAUGUCUAAAAUGCUUAGCAUUCUUGAAGGCAGGCCUGCUGAUCUGGAGGUAGUCUCAGAUGAUGAAAGUGAGAUUAUGGAUGAUGACUUGAAACUGAAAUUGGUCAUGAAAGAAGAAGCUGAUAAAGAUGAGACCAAUCAGGCCAUAAACUCGUCAAGCCAUGAGUCUCAGACCACAUCUCAACCCUUUUCAGAAUUCUAUUCGGCCAGUAAAGAUUCUUCUUCCUGGGAGAAAACCAUCUAGCUGUAUAUAUCUUAAACAUGUUUAUCUCGCCAUAAUUUGAUGGAUAUAUUAUGUUAAUAUUGUACUAUAAAUUCUCUUAUGAUGCCACACCUUGAUAUAUACUUCUCAGAACUAUCAGGAACGGGUCAUGUAUGGAUACAUUUCUGCUGUGAUCGAUAGUAGACUGUAGAAUUGUUAGUCAUGUUAGCUAAAAAUAAUGUUUUGCCCAUUGAUUCA